UCCUCUUCUUCUUCUUCUUCCUCUUCUUCUUCUUCUUCUCUUCAUCAUCCUCUUCUUCUUCUACUUCUUCUUCCUCUUCAUCAUCCUCUUCUUCUACUUCUUCUUCCUCUUCAUCAUCAUCAUCCUCUUCUUCUUCUUCUUCUACUUCUUCCUCUUCAUCAUCUUCAUCCUCUUCUUCUUUUUCUUCUUUUUGUCUUCCCUCUUGCAGGUCACUGCUCAUGCGCAGAUUUUUUAUUGGUAAAAAAUCGGCCGAUUUGCCCAUUAUUGCCGCGAAAAUCGGCC